AUGUCUAAAUUUUUCAACUUCAGACAUUCAAGUUAUGCAAAAGAUAAGUGUUUGCUAUGGUUCUGUGAUGUAUGUUUAGAUGAAGUAUAUAAUAAUGGAGGUAUUCGUAACGAAAUUGAGUCACUAAAACAGUCAGUUUCAGAAGAAAUUGAGCUAUGCUCAAGCUACAGAAGAAGUAGUAUUAAGACUAAAAAUACUGAUCAAGCUUGUAGCAAAAAAACAUUCGAAGCUGUUCAAAAGUAUUUAAAUCCAACUUUGUUACAAUUAGGGAUAAAUGAAAUAAGAAAUGUAAAAGAUGAUGAUGUAGUUAUUAAAUGUAAUUCUAACAAUGAAAUUGAAAAGGUUAAAUCUGCUGUCGAAAAGAGUUAUAACAUUGUGUCACCAGAUUUAAAAAAUACCUCCAUAAAAGUUGUGGAUAUAGAAAAUGAAAUGUCUCCUGAAGAUUUAAUAAAUUGUAUUAAAAAGCAGAAUGGUUUCUUAAAUGAUGGUGAUUCUAAUAUAUCUAUUAAAGUGUUUAAAAAAUGA